AAUGUGCCUGAUGUGACAGUUAAUGUGACACAACUGCCAGUUUAUAAUGGCACCAACUCUACUCUAGCAUCCAGCAUGUCUGACAGUGAGAAAGAUCUCCGGGAUUUUAUGAUUGGUCUCUUCUUGGCCAUCGGCUCCUCCAUCUUUAUAGGAUCAAGUUUUAUAUUGAAAAAACUGGGACUUUUGAGAUAUGCCAAGAAAGUUACCACCAGAGCUGGUCAAGGUGGUUUUGGUUACCUGAGAGAGUGGCUGUGGUGGACUGGCAUGAUCCUAAUGACCCUGGGAGAAAUGGCAAACUUUGCUGCAUACGCAUUUGCUCCAGCCACCCUAGUGACACCUCUGGGAGCUCUGAGUGUCAUCGUCACUGCUGUCUUGUCUGCUCGUGUGCUAAAAGAAAAGCUGAACAUCCUGGGUAAGGUUGGAUGUUUCUUGUGUGUGAUGGGCUCCACCAUCAUGGUCAUCCACUCACCUAAAGAACAGGAGGUUCACAAUGUGGAAGAGCUCAUGCUCAAAAUGAAAGAACCAGCUUUCAUUGUAUAUGGCCUAAUUACCUUGAUUGUUGCCAUUGUCAUGAUUGCCUACUUUGUGCCUCGGUAUGGCCAGAAAAAUGUUCUCUUCUACAUCACGGUCUGUGCCACUCUGGGUUCCUUCACUGUCAUGGGCUGUAAAGGUGUGGGCACGGCCAUCAAGGCCACCGUACGAGGGGAGAAUGAGUUCACCAACUGGCUGACGUACGUCUUGAUUGGCGUUGUUGUUACCUGCAUCUUGCUGCAGCUCAACUACCUGAACAAGGCUCUAGACACUUUCAACACGGCCGUGGUCACGCCCAUUUAUUACGUUUUCUUCACUUCCUGCGUCAUCAUUGGCUCCGCAUGUUUGUACCAGGAGCUUUUCAAAAUGGCGCCCCUAGAUAUUGUUGGUGACUUGUGUGGCUUUUUAGUCAUUGUGGCAGGCAUUUUCCUGCUCAACGCUUUCAAAGACAUGAAGAUCUCCUGGCGGAACCUUCCGGCUGCCUCCAAAGACGCUACCCUGCCAGAGUCUGACUCAGUCAGCAGCAGCACCACCAACACCAACUACGGGGUUGAUGUACGUGACAUUGAGGCCCACAUAUCACGUAACAUGUCGACUGAGUGCAUCACCAGGACCAUGUCAGACGAGUCAGACAGCAAUGACAACGCUUACAUUAACAACAGGUUUCAUGGGAGCAGCCCAAUACAAGAUAUAUAGAGUGAACAGACAGGCCAUGAUGGUUUCAUGGGAGCAGCCCAAUACAAGAUAUAUAGAGUGAACAGACAGGCCAUGAUGGUUUCAUGGGAGCAGCCCAAUACAAGAUAUAUAGAGUGAACAGACAGGCCAUGAUGGCAAGUUUUAUCAACGAAGACUAGUUUAGCCAGAGAGUCAGUUAAAGAGAAGACCAAUUGAACAUUCCAUCUGUAUAUGUACCUACUGUUGUAGAGGGUUUCUGGGUGGGAAAGAUAUUCACCUGCAGUUGAGGAAAAUUCUGUGGCAAAAUUUGUAAGCCAAGAUUUGAUUUUUCUAAACUGUACAAUGUUUGUGAAUGAUUUAUUAUAUUUUGAGGGAGAAUUUUGUAAGGUAAUUUUUUUAGAACUUCUUAUCAUUGUGCAAAUGCAGUCUUUCAUUUAUUGUAUGUGAAGCACAUCCAGUGUUACACCACGUUUACACUUUUGAUAUGUAUACUACACACAUACUACAUACAUGUCUACGAAUAAAAACUUAGCCAUACGUUAAUUUUAUCAGAACAUGUAUCAGGGGAGGGGGUACUCACCUAUUGCGAAGUUUAUUUUUCAGACAUGUAUACUAUACAUGUUGCAAGUGUAAACGCAGUGUUAAAAAUCUCAAGUCCCCACGCAGACACUUAAGUCUCCACACUGUCACUUUAUCUAGAUCAUAACCAGAUACAAUUUGUCCUCAAUAAUUCUUCAAUGUAUAGCUGAGUAUAAGUCUAGUGAAGAACAUCAGCAAACACAUCAACUAGAACAUCAGGCAAUUUCAUUUACCCAACUCCACAUUUGUCACAUUAACCCAACUCCACAUUUGUCACAUUUACCCAACUCCACAUUUGUCACAUUUACCCAACUCCACAUUUGUCACAUUUACCCAACUCCACAUUUGUCACAUUUACCCAACUCCACAUUUGUCACAUUAACCCAACUCCACAUUUGUCACAUUUACCCAACUCCACAUUUACCCAUGUAUUUAGAUAAGUUUUUUAUCUCUGUAGCUUGUUAUGGGUCAUCCAUUUAUGAUGUCCAGACGGGAAGGGG